GAUAGUUACAAAAACUAUGAGGAGUGAUAUGUUUUGUUAAUAUAUGUGAACAUUGUAAAACAUAUAUUAUUUUGAAACACAUGGAAUAUCAUUUAAAGAAUUAAAUUAUGUACUGUAUUUUUGGUAUUUAAUUAAUACAUUCUUGAUGUUAUCUAAGCCCAAAUAAUCGGACGAAAAGAAGAGAUCGAUCACCUAUAUAAAUGCUGAGAUGAUUUUUUGGAACCAAACAAUAUUUAGAAAUCAGAACCCUAGAAGACGAAUCUGCUGAAGCAACGAGAGAUCUCCAGUGCGGUGAGACCUUUCUUGUUCAACAAUCUUACUCUACACUUCUCUAAAUAUUUUCAGACAAUUAUGAAAAUCCAUUAAGCUAUAUUUCUUGUUCUCUAAGUUUCUCCUGCUUAGUUUUCUACUCUGCUCUACUUUAGAAUGUAUUCAUGCUCACUUUAUAACAAUGUUGCCUAUGCAUACUAACUGAAGAUUCAAAUAGCUUUUGUGUUAACCUUUUAGUUUCGUACUGUGAUGCAGAUCUUGUGUCUGAACGUGAAGCAAAACAAUGAGCGAGAGAGGAGUAACAUCAGGUUGCAGAACCGAAGAAGACAUGAUAAGCUUCUUACCUGAUCACUUGCUGUGUCAGAUACUCUCUCAUGUUCCUACAAAGACAGGUGUUAUGACUAGUGUUCUGUCCACCAGAUGGAGAACUGUCUGGCUUUCGACACCUCUCUUGGAUUUGCACACUGAUGAUUUCCCUAGCUUCACCGCCUUGGCGAGCUUCAUCUCCCGUUUUCUAGAUGGCUCAUCAUGUUUACAGAAGCUCAAACUUGCUUUGGUCUCUGGGAGACCUAUUGAAGAUAUCUCUAAUGAUUUUUUGAGAUUCUCUUUUAACGAUAAGAGAAUUAUUCAAGAUAUCUCUAAUCAUCCCGCUUACUUGAUGACGCAGUGGAUCAACAAUGCAGUUACACGUAAAGUUCAACAUGUAGAUAUCUUAUAUCAUUGGAUUGUGGACAUGAUGAUGAUGCCACUAAGCAUCUACACCUGUGAGACUCUAGUAUCCUUGAAACUUCAUAACGUGACACUGACUGAUUCUGAGUAUGUUUCUCUACCUCGUCUCAAGAUCAUGCAUUUAGUAGACAACGUUUGCGCUAAUGAUGCCUUUAUUGGGAAGCUUAUCUCAUCUUGUCCGGUUCUUGAAGAAUUAACUGUUGUUAGAAACAGAGAUACAAAGUACGACUUUGAGGUUUUACGCGUGCGUUCCCAGUCGUUAAAGAGUCUCGUAGUUGUUCUUAUUGGUAGGGAGUGGUGGCACAAUGCUUGUAGGGUUGUUGUGAUUGAUGCUCCUGGACUCAACUAUUUGAGUCUUAAAGAUAACAAGUUCACAAGUUAUGUAAUAACCAAUUUAAGUUCAUCUGCCAAGGUAGACAUUGAUGUCAGUUUUGAUGUGGACAUUGAUCUGGCUACAGACAUAAGUGUAGUUAGAAGUUUCUUAACCAUGCUCUCGAGCGUAAGGAACAUGACUAUAAGUCGAACAACUUUAGAGAGCAUAUGUCUCUACUUGAAACAUGAACCAAUGCCUCAGUUUCCUUACUUGAUCAGAUUAGAUGCGGUCUUGUAUAACUCUGAUUUGGGAAAUUUGCCAAACAUUCUUCAGAUCUGUCCAAAUCUCAAAUCCCUUGUCUUGGAGUUGAGUAAUCUUAAGAAGGAGGAACUACUUAUUCUCUCAUCAUCAUCAGUUCCAGUAUGUUUAAGAUCAUCCCUGGAGUACGUUGAGAUAAAGACACCGAUAAAAGGAGCUCUAGCUGAAAUCGAACAUGUGAAGUACUUCCUGGAGAAUUCGGCUGUGCUCAAGAAGUUUAAGAUGUGUUUGCGUAGUGGGAGAAUGAACGAAGAGUCAAACAUCUUGAUGGAACUCUUGGGAUCGAGGAGAUGUUCUCCUUCUUGUGAAGUUGUUGUUCAACUUGAAGAGUUAGAAGAGACUUCUCUCAAACUAUGA